UGGUUCUAGAGUUUAGUAUUCAAAUGCACCAGCUACAUUGAUUAAAAUAUUCACAGAUAAAAAAUAUUAAUCAUUGCCGUCGUGUUAUUGUAUGUGAACAAUGUGUUUUACCUACGCAAUAAUUUAGUGCAAUAUAAUUGUUAUUACAAAUUAAUGGGUCUUGUGCUUCUAUUCCAAUGGAUGCAGAUAUUUUAAUUGAGAAUAAGGACUACUUAUAUGGUGAGGAUUUUCUCGAACAGUUGUUGUCAAAUGACUACAAAUGGUCUUCUCUGUUGGAUGCGACGGAUGCCUCGCCGAGCGAGAUCCUGGCUGAUGCUGCACCUAUCUUAGUACCACCGAUAUCACCAAUUCUGAGUAUUAAGUCAUCAGAGGGCAGCAGCAAUUCUGAUUCUGGGAGUGAAGAUGAUUCUAAAAAUUCCAGUGGCACAUCAGCUAGACAAUCAUCCCAAUCACCUUUUGAUUGGACUAAUUUUAGUGAGGAACCUACCAAUAACUUGAAUCUUGAAGAUAUUGAACUGUUCCUACAAAAAACUGCUCCCAGUCCUGAUAACCCACCUUUACACAAAGCACUGACAAAUGGAAAAUCUCCUGAGAGAAAUGGACCUGUCAUGGCUAUUGAAAAUGGUGUUAUUAAGGGCAUUAAAAUGGAGACUGAAGACUGUGAUAGUGAAAUAAGGAACUCUUAUUCUAAGGUACACAAAGAUAAUGGUUACCAUCAAAAUUCUUACUUCAAAGUGGUGAAUGAGAACACGAAUAAUUCUCCAACUGACAAUAAGAUCGCUGUGAAUGGUCAGAUUCAGUUGAUAGUGGAACAUAAGAAGGUGCCUAGUAUUUUGAAAAGGCAUUCCACUGUGACCACGAAGCCACCCAGUAUUAUAAUCCCGGCAGACAGCACAAUGGGUGGGAAGAUUGCCAUAUCGCCACUGACACAAACCAAGUUUAAUGGUGCCAAGGAUAGUCAAGUUCAGGUAACAUCACCAAGAAGCAACAUAGUGAUCAACCCUAAACUGACAGUGUCCACCAAUGGCACCACUCCACAGAUAGUACAAAACCAUGUGAUACCUCCUUACGCUGACAGUGAGGGUUCAAACAGUCCCACGAUAGACCUCUCCAACUUCAGUGAAGCUGAGAUCAAAGCUAUCAAGAAACAACAGAGGAUGAUUAAGAAUAGGGAAUCAGCAUGCCAAUCCCGGCAGAAGAAGAAAGAAUACGUGACUGCGUUAGAACAGAAAUUGUUUGAAGCACAGCAAGAGAUCGCCAGGUUGCGACUAGAGAAUAAACUGCUUAGGGACCAACUUGAAACGGGUGGGAGGAGUCGAAAGAUGCCGCGACUCGACGCUUCCCUGCUAAUACCGAAGAAGAACAUAGCUGUUAUAUUUGCUAUGGUCUUCAUGGUAUCGUUAAACUGGAAUGUUCUAGGGUGGAACGCAAAGCCUUUUGUCGGGCCCUCCGCUCCACACAGAAGCACAAGGCAUUUACUAUGGUCAGAGGACACCGCUGUAGAUAUUGUAAAUGAUGACUUAACAAACGGUACAUACGUAACAGACUGUCAGAAUUCGACAGUGAAAGCUACAGACUUCGUGAACAUCAACCAGACGGAGAGCAUACGGAUAGCGGGCGAACUGAAGCGUUGGAUCGGCGGCGGGAAGACGCUAAACUGGACGUAUGAUGUUCCACGGAAGAAACGACAGGCUUAUCUUAGUGAUGAGAAAAUUAAUGGUGGUUUAUUAGAAAGCUACAGGCUGUUCAACAAACUGCAUUUGGAAAACAACUUAAUGGACUUUCCUAGUAUAAGAAAUCACGCAAAGACCGUCAAGGACAAGUCGCGGUUACGUCGUCUUAGGAGGAAUAAAGACAUAGACUUUGCAGAAAACGCAGUUAUAGACUACGAAACUCUUUACCGUAAGCCAAUGAGAAAAGCGGUCAAUGAUUUCAAUAUGGAUGACUUGGGAGAGUGGAAUGCCUUACUUGAAGCCUUACAUAGGCGGGACGACACGUUCUACAUUGUAGGCUUUGGUAAAGGAGAGCAUUUGUUGUUACCAGCCGUCUCACACAAUGUCACUAGGCCGCCGAAGAUGGCUCUGAUCUUGCCUGCUAGAAGUGGUAAUGAUUCUUUAAUGAACGACCACGUAACGCUGAUGCAGAUCGAUUGUUCAGUCGUCAACACAACACUAGUAAAGUUAAAAUCUGACGCCUUACCAGAAAGCCUCAGGAAACCUACAAACGACCCUACAGUUCAACAAGAAGAGAAACGUGAGAACACUUCAACUUACUACAAAACAAACAAUGAAAAUAUUGAUAUCAAUCUCUUACAAAACUCUAGCAAUAGGAUAUCAAAUUAUUCAAAAAAUCAGAAUGUGCCACAAAAAGUAGAUGUAGGCAAAGAUGACUUAUUUGCUCAGUACUUAUUCUCUAAGUACGAAAACUCUAAAGACAGCCCGGCUAAAAGGCCUCGUAGUAAAAAUACUUUUGAGGAAAAAGAAAGCAAUAAUACUAUAAGUUCAACGUGAUUUUAUAGUUUCAAAUUCAGUAUUUUGUUCUCUCAAACGCCUGAUUGGUGGAUUGGCUGUCCAAUCAAAAUGAUUAUGCGUAAAUGUUGAACCAGUGUUUAUGUUUACUAUUAUGUUACGUCCAUACGUCCUUACUAUGUAUAAAUAAAUCGUUUUUAUUCAUGACACUUAUUUUAAUUUAACUUCCGUGUCACUGGCAGUGGUUAUGUAGCAUUAAGUCCUAUAACCUACAUUGGGGAAAAUAUUUUUGAGAGUAAUUAGUCUUAAGGGACUGUUUACUGCAGUGGCGCUAUUACCAGUGAGCGGAAUGAACGUAUCUAGGCAUCUGCAGAAAAUACCUAUAUGUUAGAUUUUAAUAUCUUAUGUAUUUUAGUUUAGAUACUUAAUAAUCCAUGUGUUCUAAUCUUAAAAAAGUGUGUUAUAAACAAAAAUAUACACAAAUUUAGAAUUUACAUCGAUCUCAUAACGUCGAAACCAUAACGUGUGAAAUUAUUAUUUUAAUGGAAUAUAUAUACAUAGAAGCGUAAAUCCAUAGUAGCGUGAAGUUGAAUAAUUAUGUGCAUUACUUUGCUGAAAUAAAGUUCAAUUUGCUAUAUUUUUAAAUCAAUGGUUCUACUCUGCGCUAAUAUGAAUUGACUUUUAUCUGAAGAUAUAUUUAUGUCACAGAUUUAUUAAUAUAUUAUACUUAAUCGUAAGUAAAAACUAAAAAUAGAUAGAGAUAUAGUUUUUGACAAACCUAGUUAACCCAGAUUAAAUAUACCUGCCUUGGCUGUGUGUAUUAUUAUAGGUUUGUUAUAAUAUUAUGUAAUGCAAUAUUCCAAUACUGGUAGAAAUAGUAAUGUAUUGGUUCAAAUAGAAAUAUUAUAUAGAAUGUAAUGUAAUCACAACUAGUCUCAAGAUUUUGUAUCAAGAUGUGUAUUAUGAUUAUGUGGCAAUUUUUAAGAGUUUUGUGCAGAAUUCUGCAUAUUAUAUUUUUUGACUUUUGCCCUUUCAACCGGGGCUGACAGUCUCGACAGUGAUUACGACAGAAAUUGGUCGCUAUGACAGAAAUUGUAUUCUAGAUUUUUUACUUUGUUACUAAAGGAUAUGGUUGACAAUCUAAUGAAGAGAUAGACUUGGUUUUAGCGACUGAAUUUUGACGUUAAAAAUGUCGGGACUCCAGUCCUGGUACGAAAGGUGCGAUAGAGAAUAAGUUUGUGUUAUUCAUCAACAGUCCAUUAUUUUAAGUGUAAACAAUGUUAAGAAAUAGUACCUCAGUGUAAUUAUUUGUUGUCUAGUGUAUAAUUAUUAUCAUCAGUGUAUACUGCCAGCAGUAUGGGUAUAGUGUAUAGGUCCAGACCUAGAAAAUAAUUUGGUACUAAUGGAACUCGGAGUUUUUAAAUUCAUGUUACUUAACUAUUACUUUCAUAAUUGUUAAUUACCUAUAUUAUUUAACAGUUGUAAUAUUUAUAACUAUCACAACACUAUUGUAUAACUUUUGUAACUUGUUGUUUUUUAAAUAAUUAUGUGUAUGUUGAUUUUAUUUUACGGGAUACUUAUAAUUUAUUCACAUAUUUUAAGUUUCCUAUACAUAAUUAAUUAUGCACGAUUUUGUAUAAAUACUGACUGUCAUUAAGUAUUGUUUUCCGUGAAUCAAAUAUUUAAGUUAUUUCUAAUAUGAUUUAA